ACUUCGGUCCGGGUGACCUCGGGCUCGUUGCACGCUCACGUCCCGAUCGUGCCUGGAGUGGCCCAGGGCGGGGGACCUGGAAGUUUGAGCCUCGCUGCUCCUGAGGCGGAUUAAUUAGCCCAAGAAACACUAUAUUCAUGCUUAGGUGGAGAAAAGCAGGGCUAGAAUUGGAACCCAAAGCCCAGGAUGGCAGGAGAGGAUGUGGGGGCUCCACCCGACCGCCUCUGGGUUCACCAAGAGGGUAUCUACCGCGACGAAUACCAGCGCACGUGGGUGGCCGUCGUGGAAGAGGAGACGAGUUUCCUAAGGGCACGAGUCCAGCAAGUUCAGGUUCCCUUAGGUGACGCAGCUAGGCCAAGUCACCUUCUUACCUCCCAGCUACCUCUCAUGUGGCAACUCUACCCUGAGGAGCGCUACAUGGAUAACAACUCUCGCUUGUGGCAGAUCCAGCAUCAUUUAAUGGUCAGGGGAGUACAGGAGCUGUUGCUUAAGCUUUUGCCUGAUGAUUAGCCUGGUGCUGGGAUUCUAGGAAGAUAUGCUCCUCUGUUCUGUUCAGUAUAUGGCAAUCACUUCAUCCACCACUGCAGUGCACCCACCUGUGGGCCUGGGGGGAGGAAGUGGGUUGAAAAACUGCUCAAGAACACAGAAGCUUAGGAAGGGCCAUGAAGAACAGCACGAGUGGAACUGCAGAGAGAGGGUCACGCAGGCAGAAAGCAAGUCAACAAAAGCACUUAGUCAGGAUACGUAACUUGAAAUUGACUCCUUUGGAAAUUGCCAUAGAACCUUUAAUGGACAUCAUCAGCUGGAACUGGGAUCUGAUGAAUCCCACAAAAGUCAGCACCUGCUACAGAACAGAUGCCCUGAUCACCAAGGACUUGGUACUGAUUUAGAGAGAAGAGAGCAGCUCCUAGCAGCAUCAACAUCUAUUUGUCGCUUAUUUGCCCUGCAGCAAUUCACCUGCCUUUCCUUCUCCCAUCCUUUUUCUGGAUAUGCCGCAGAAGGAUCCGUGCCAGAAACAAGCCUGUGAAAUACAGAAAUGUUUACAAGGAUUUGAGAAAGAAGAGGAAGAAAAGCUGACACUGAAGCUGACAUCAAAGUGAAGUUCUGCCGAGAAAUGCUGCUGCUGAGAAGUUAAAUGCUGCACCAUGUAUCCACCAAGCAAGUUUUUUGUCUUCCUGACUCUUUCUUCAGGCCAGGUAGCAGCAAAUAGCAAAUUAAAAAAGGCAACUAUAAAAGUCAAUAUGCCAUCUAUGCAGAACAGAUAGAAAUAUAAAUACAUUAAAUAUGUAGAAUGUAAUAAAACCGAGCUGCUAAAAUAAACCUGUUAAGUGAGAAA